AUGGCUCUCACUGCCACUUCCGCGGGCCUUUCCGCCGUCAGCUAUUCCGUCAGCAACCGCGCCGUCACAAGCGCAGCCCCGUCCGCGUCAACGUCCGCAACUUCCAUCUCCGCUGCGCCACGCGCCUCCCUCGCCGCGACCCGCCGCGCCGCUGCUGCCCCGCGGGGCUCCUCGUGGCUGCGCGGAUCUCCCGCCGUGCAGCUUCCGCCGCGCGGGCUUUCGGCGGGAUCUCUCGGGGGAGCGAUUAAGCCCGUGCGGAGAGGCGGUGGCGGUGGGGCGAUGGCGGCGACUGCGGGAUUGGGAGAUGCCGCGGGGUUGACGGCAGCUGCGUACGGCUCUACGCUGCUGUUCGGCGGCCUCUUCGGAUACAGCCGCUCGGGCUGCAAGUACUCGCUGGGAGGCGCGCUCACAGCCGCUGCUCUUUUCGCCACGGCCUUGUAUCUCAUGCAGAGCGCUCAGACGGAGUCUCUGGGCAACGCUUUGGGCUUUGGCGCUGGCCUGCUCUUCUGCGCGCUCUUUG